AUGUUACUCGGGGAAAGAGGGGUGAAAAUAAUCGUCGCAGGUAUCGGUAGUGAAUUAUCCAGUGGUGAUGCUGAUGAGAACUUGGAAAAGGUAGCAGGGGAAGAUAAAGACAUAACCAAAUAUGAUGAUUUCAACGAUUUCUCCAGUAAAAUCAAUAAUAUAAUGAGGAAAGUCUGUCCACCUAUUAACGGCCAGUACACUCCGUGGUCAAGUUUUUCGUCGUGCAGUAAAACAUGCGGAGAAGGACACCGAACCCGCACAAGGACCUGUACCAAACCUCCCCCGUCUACAUGUGGAAAGGAUUGUAUCGGUGCUGAUAAGGAAACAGAGAGUUGCACAGAGAAUCCUGUUACUGACGGUCGUUACGCAGACUGGUCUGAGUCUGAGUGUAAUGCAAAAUGUGGAGGAGGAACCUUGACUCGCACGAGAAGCUGCACCAAUCCUCCACCUAAUAUAUGUGGGAGGGCUUGCAUUGGGCCUGCCAAAGAGACUAUUACAUGCAACGAAGAAGAAUGCCGUCGAUGCCCAGUAGAUCUGGCGUUUGUUUUCGACUCUUCAGAUACUAUUGGGGUGGGUGCUCUGGGAGACGCAAAGAUGCUUGUAAAGGAAAUGGUAAAAGGUCUAGAACUAGGAGCAGAUGAGUCUCGAGUAGCUCUGGUUGUGUUCGCUGAUAAAGUUGAGGUUAAGGCUCGAUUCAGUGAAAACUUAAGCGUCAAACAAUUUCAGGAUAUGGUACAAAACAUAGAAAGCAUCGGCAGCCGAACACGAAUCGACAAGGCCCUCGUAGAAACAAAACAGGUGUUUAAAGAGGGAAGAGAUGACGUGUAUAAGAUUGCAGUCGUGCUGACUGAUGGUAAACAAUCCGAAGGCCCCGAAAUUAAAAGCUUGCUAGGUACCUCUGAGCCCUUGCGAAGAGCAGGUGUCCGUGUGUUAGCCGUGGCAGUAGGAACUCAGGCGUCUAAAGGCAGACUAAGGCUGAUGACCGAUUCAAUGGACGAUGUAAAGGAAGAUUAUGAAGCCCUGGAAUAUUUCCAGCAGCUAUCUGACAAACUAAACCAGAAUCUCUGUGUUUUUCCACCAGGGAAACCUCCGUCUCCAG